AUGCCCGUGGAUUGGUCUUCAUCUUCUUCUUCAGAUGAGGAACUUCGAACAGCUCUGCGGCGCAACGCCACACAGAUGCGAAGUGAGGGACGGGCGCUGGCAAAUUAUAGAACACCAACUACAUUCUACAACGGCGAAGCGGUGGAGGUAAAAUAUGGCACCAUAUAUUGUCCCUUUAGAAAAAGACACUUUCAUAUACUUCCAGUGAAGAAAAAUCCAGCUGCGUUUUUCGGUGAUGCAAAUGUGAGGCGACGGAGACGUCGUUGUAUAUCUCCUUCAUCCAUUCAGCUGCUGGAUGCUACUUCGUCCUUUGAAGAAGCAAAUUCUGAAUUAAAAAAACUUACGCUUAACGAAAUCAGAGAUACUGGAUUUUAUAUUUUCCAUGAUAUUAAGGAGUUUCCCUCGCCCGCUCUUGUGGUCUCGCAUCCACCACUUUUGCAGGAUUUCAGGUAUUCCCGACUUGCAAUGGAAAGUAGUUUCAAGGAACGUUUGGUGUCUCCAGUCUGCUUGAGUAACGAAACCGGUGGAUGGAGGCGCUCCGGGUAUCAAAUAGCCCCAACGGGCACAGUUGCAAGUUUUUUGGAUGGCCGCUUUGCUUUCUUUGGUGCGGGUCAGCACUCAGAGCUUUGUGUCGUGGAAAAUGAAAUAUUGCUGCCUCAUUCUCUCAGGAUUCCGGACGGCAGCGGUGAUGUAGUGGGAAUGCAUGCCGUGGGUCCCAAUGCCAUGGUUAUUGUGAGAAAAAAUAGGAUCCAACACCUUUUUUGGGAUUCUGAUGCUUCGUUGAGUUCCGCGUCGUGGACCUCUUCUCCCGAGAGCUACGCAAAAUUUUCGAUUUCAUGCACCAAUGCAUUUUCUGAUGACCAAAGUAAGACUCGUGUUUUUCUUGCCUCCGGGAGGAGUUUGUUUACAGCUGUUUUGCGUGAGACCACGUUUUCCAGGCCCCGCAAAUUGUGUGUGUUUCAUAAAGCUCCUGUUUCUUCGAUUGCUACAUUUUCUGUGGGGCCUCUUGCCAACCAGGUGGUGUUGUGUGGAACGAGGAAUGGCACUAUUCAAAUGCAAUCGUUGCAAGCUGCUUGGGCUCGUAGUUCCUAUGCUUCUGGUAUUACGCCUAGGGCGGCGUCCAUACCUUACAUUAAUUGUGUGGAAGGCACUUUUAACUUUGUUACAGCUUCGAUCAACGGUGAGGUGAAACUGUGGGAUCUACGAUAUAUGCAUACAAAAGAACCUGUCUCUGAAAUGGAGGUAAACACAGCCGGCGGCCGUUUUCACGAUAUACAGGCUGCUUUUGUUGAUGACAUUGCUUGCUUUACGGAUUCCACCGGAUGUAUUAAUUGCAUUAACACGAGAAAGUGGUUAAGCCUUGGUCAAUACCAAAGAGUUGGGGGCAGUGAGGGGCGACUUUACGUGGUGCGGAAUACAGCUGGAUACCAAAUACUGGAUGCAGGAUUUGACACUACAAUGACGUAUUUAUUGCAUAUUGUAUACUCCUGCGACCGUGGCUUCUUCCCACGCCAUGUCUUUGUGCCCGUGCUUUAUUAA